AUGCUGCCCCUAUACGGGACCGGCAAGAGGAAGAGCCCCCCCAAUGUAAUGAGUUUCUUUGGCGGAGCCUAUUCCAAGGGGAUCUUCCAAAGUGGAAAGGUUGGCGAUGUCCCUAAGGCAGACAAGGGGGGAAACCUCCCCCAUGUGCGCAAUGCACAAGGAUGGAGCGCUCCCAUGGAUCAAGUUCAAUACGUACAAUAUGCAGAGUACGAAGAUGACGUAACCUGGUUGGGGUGUCUAAACUGGUAUAUAAACCGGUCGCCCAAACAAAGGAUCGCGAUUAACGCAGCAGUGUUGCUCGCAUUCGCAACAGCAACGUAUGCAACAUAUCAAACGGUUGACAAUGUGAAGACCGUGUGCUUAGUCGGGCUAUCCCUCUAUAGUGCGUUCUUCCUGUUAUUCGCCCUGCACAUGUUGAGCUCUGUGUUGAAGGACGAAUACGACGCGUACAGCAUGGUGGGGGUGAGCAACGGUUGGAAGGGUGACCAUUCCAAGGACCCCGUGACGACCCACCAGGCACGCGUCAUGGCCGAACAUAUCGGUCUUCCACAUAAGAAGAGCGAAACGAUGCAACCGAAUGAUGGUAACAGAGGAGGGGAGGGACGGAUUGAGGCGGCCCAUGGCGCGGCUUCCUACGAUGCGGCUUCCCAUAACGUGCUGGACCGCACCCUGGGAGCGACGCACGCUGGAUACGAAGUACUCUCCCUGGAAGACAUAGCAAAACCGAUAAAGGAGGGAUCAGAAGGAUUUUUCGCAGUGCAAUACAAUUCGAUUUUUAAAAUAUCUGUAGCGUUUACGACGUUUCUGCUGCUUCUUUACAUGGUGAGAGGAGACUACACAAAAUUGCCCCGAGAGAAAAGCAGCAUAGUGGAGGGUACUACAGACAAAUACAUAGUAAUAUCACCCUUUGCCUACAGCAUAAUAACCUCCAUUUCAUUUCUCCUUGGAGCUAGCUGCAGCUCUGUAGCAGCGUAUAACGGCAUUUAUGUAGCCGUCCGGGCCAAUGUCCGUGUGGCAAAAGCGUCCACUUAUUCGUAUAGGAAAGCUUUGAUGACCUGUUUUAGGAGCGGGGCAAUCAGUGCCAUUGUGAACGUGGCGCUUGCUAUAUUUGGUAUCUGCUGUUUACUAGUGUUAAUAAACAUUUUAUACCCCUCCUUGUCGUUUGUAAAAUAUCCCCUACUGAUUGUUGGCUACGGGUUCGGAGCUUCUCUAGUAGCCAUGCUGUAUCAGCUAGCUGGAGGUAUAUACACGAAGGCAGCCGAUAUAGGUGCCGAUUUAGUCGGGAAGGUAGAGAAACAUAUUCCAGAGGAUGAUGCGAGGAACCCAGCUGUUAUUGCAGAUCUGGUUGGAGACAACGUAGGUGACUGUGCAGGUCAGUGUGCAGAUUUGUUUGAAUCGAUAUCCGCGGAGAUUAUUGCAUCUAUGAUUUUGGGAGGAACCUUAUGUGAAAAUGGAAUCAUUUCUGAGAAAAGGGCUAACUACUUUGUUCUCUUCCCCCUGUUUGUCCACUCCCUGGAUUUGCUCGUUUCCACCAUUGGGGUGUACCUUGUUCGGACCAGGAGUGACUACGCAGGCGCUCCAGUGGGAAAGGAGAAUCGCCAUAAUAUCAAGCGCCACGUGGGAGCGGAGCAGUGCACCCAUCUUAAUAACACAUCCUACAGUGGAACAAUGCAGAAUUGUGCAGAUGUGAACGUACACAGUGCAAAUGGAGACACAGCAUUGUCGGCCCUGAGCUGGGACCGUAACAAAGAUGACGAACUAGAGAUAAUAAGCGCAGAUUUAGAGAACCCACUAAAGGUGAUGCUAAGAGCGUAUGUUGUUACUUGCCUCCUCGCCAUGGGUGGUUUUUUUUUCUUCUGCAAAAUGUUGUUUUUCUUGGGGGAAGACUGCCCAAAUGAUUAUUCGUGGGUCUACCUGUCCUUAUGUGGACUCGUUGGUAUGAUUUGCUCUUACCUGUUUGUGCUGCUAACCAGAUACUACACAGAUUACUCCUACCCGAAGGUGAGAAAGAUAGCUCAUGCGUCUUUAAGCGGACCAGCUACUAACAUAAUAACAGGUCUAUACGUCGGCAUGGAAUCAACCUUCCUCCCCACGAUCGUCAUUUCGGUUUCUCUUCUGGUUUCCUACUACCUAGGAUUAGCAAGCAACCUGACUGGAGAUGGGCGUGCUAUAAAUGGGCUCUACGGCACAUCCGUGGCCACGAUGGGGAUGCUCUCCACAGCAGUUUUCAUUUUGAGCAUGUCUAAUUUUGGACCGAUAGCAGACAAUGCAGGUGGAAUUGUAGAGAUGUCGAAUCAGCCUGAACACGUUCGAUUCAUUACAGAUAAAUUAGAUGCAGUUGGAAAUGUAACCAAGGCAAAUACAAAAGGGUACAGUGUUGGUUCUGCUGCUCUGGCAUGUUUUUUACUCUUCUCUGCCUUUCUUAGUGAGGUUUCUCUCCAUGCGAAGACCCCUUUUACUACAGUCGAUAUUGCCUUGCCAGAAGUAUUCAUUGGGGGGAUUCUAGGAUCCGUUGUGGUGUUCCUUUUCGCUAGCUGGUCCUUAGAUGCAGUUGGAAAUACAGCCGAAGAAGUUCUCAAAGAAGUGCGCAGACAGUUUAAUGAGCACCCGGGCAUUCUCACCUAUGAUGAAAAACCAGACUAUCACACCUGCGUUUCAAUUAUUAGUAGGAAGGCACUGAUCGAGACGAUUAAGCCGGGGCUUCUCGCACUAUUUGCACCCAUCAUAAUUGGGUUGCUUUUUAAGCAAAUUGGAAAUUUCCGAAAUAAUGGCCUGCUAGGGGCACAAGUCAUUGCUUCGUUUAUUAUGUUCUCCACGUCGACCGGCAUUUUGAUGGCUCUCUUUCUCAACAACGCCGGGGGAGCAUGGGACAAUGCAAAGAAGUACAUCGAGUCUGGUUUCUACGGAGGGAAGAACAGCCCUGCCCAUGUGUCCAGCGUAAUUGGCGACACUGUGGGCGAUCCCUGCAAAGACACCGCGGGUCCCUCCAUCCACGUCCUCAUCAAGUUGAUUUCGACCAUCACCAUGGUAAGUUCAGUGCGGUAG